CUGGCGUGUUCGCUCCGGGACUGGGGCGACCGAGGAGGAGCGGCGGCUGAGGAGUGGAGAGGUCGUCAUGGCCGCCUCUAAGCCCCUGGAGACGGCUGUGGCAGCGGUCCCCAGCGCCGGGGUUGGGGUAGGGAACGCAGCGGUGGAUCCCGGCGCGGGGGGCCUGCCUCGCUGGCAGCUGGCGCUGGCGGUCGGAGCGCCGCUCAUCCUGGGCGCGGGCGCCGUGUACCUGUGGAGCCGGCAGCGACGACGGCGGGACACGGGCAGCGGUGGCCGAGGCGAUGCCGGAGGCGGAGGCGUCAAACGGAACAGCGAGAGGAAGACCCCGGAGGGCAGGGCCAGCCCAGCCCCAGCCGGGGCGGGCAGCGGCCACCAGGACGGCACUGGCGCCCACGAGGAGAUGAGCCCCCUCGAUAGAGCCCAAGCAGCAAAGAACAAAGGCAACAAGUAUUUUAAAGCAGGAAAAUAUGAGCAAGCCAUUCAGUGCUAUACAGAGGCCAUCAGUUUAUGCCCCACAGAGAAAAAAGCUGACCUUUCUACAUUUUAUCAGAACAGAGCUGCUGCAUUUGAACAGUUGCAAAAGUGGAAAGAAGUGGCACAAGAUUGUACAAAGGCUGUUGAGCUUAAUCCCAGAUAUGUGAAAGCUCUUUUUAGACGUGCAAAAGCCCAUGAGAAACUAGACAAUAAGAAAGAGUGUUUAGAAGAUGUCACAGCCGUUUGUAUUUUAGAAGGCUUCCAGAACCAACAAAGCAUGUUGCUAGCUGAUAAAGUUCUUAAACUUCUUGGGAAAGAAAAGGCCAAAGAAAAAUACAAGAAUCGUGAACCUCUGAUGCCAUCUCCACAGUUUAUCAAAUCUUACUUUAGUUCCUUCACUGAUGACAUCAUCUCUCAGCCUAUGCUUAAAGGAGAGAAAUCUGACGAAGAUAAAGACAAGGAAGGGGAGGCAUUAGAAGUAAAAGAAAACUCUGGAUAUUUAAAGGCCAAACAAUAUAUGGAGGAAGAAAACUAUGAUAAAAUUAUAAGUGAGUGCACAAAAGAAAUAGAUGCUCAAGGUAAAUAUACAGCCGAAGCAUUGUUGCUACGAGCCACCUUCUACUUGCUCAUUGGCAAUGCCAAUGCUGCCAAGCCAGAUUUAGAUCAGGUCAUCAGCAUGGAAGAUGCUAACGUGAAGCUUCGUGCAAAUGCCCUGAUCAAAAGAGGCAGCAUGUAUAUGCAACAACAGCAGCCUUUGCUCUCCACUCAGGAUUUUAACAUGGCUGCUGAUAUUGAUCCCCAGAAUGCAGAUGUCUACCACCACCGAGGCCAGCUCAAGAUCCUUCUUGAUCAGGUUGAAGAAGCAGUGGCAGAUUUUGAUGAAUGUAUUAGAUUACGACCUGACUCUGCUUUGGCUCAAGCUCAAAAGUGUUUUGCAUUGUAUCGUCAAGCUUACACAGGAAACAAUUCUACACAAGUCCAGGCAGCUAUGAAAGGCUUUGAGGAUGUCAUAAAGAAAUUUUCAAGAUGUGCUGAAGGAUAUGCAUUGUAUGCCCAGGCACUAACAGAUCAGCAACAAUUUGGUAAAGCAGAUGAAAUGUAUGAUAAAUGUAUUGACUUGGAACCAGACAAUGCUACAACGUAUGUUCAUAAGGGCUUACUUCAGCUUCAGUGGAAGCAAGAUCUAGACAAAGGCUUGGAGCUUAUUAGCAAGGCCAUUGAAAUUGACAAUAAGUGUGAUUUUGCAUAUGAAACUAUGGGAACCAUUGAAGUACAGAGAGGAAACAUGGAUAAAGCCAUUGACAUGUUCAACAAGGCGAUUAACCUAGCCAAAUCUGAAAUGGAGAUGGCACACCUCUAUUCACUUUGCGAUGCUGCCUAUGCUCAGACAGAAGUUGCAAAGAAAUAUGGAUUAAAACCUCCAACCUUGUAAAACAACUGAGAAGGGGAAAAUGACCCUCUUUUUAGCCGUUUGCCCCCACUUCAACCGAGCCCUACAGACACGAUCACAGACCGUGGUGAAUGGUGGAACUUAAGUUUUUCCGUUUGUGGUGUUUGUCAUUCGUUACAUCUGUUUAAUGUUUAGGUGUUGUGGGAGUGGCUGUUCAAGGAAUUUUGCAGUGUUGAAGCUUAUUCCCUCAUGCAACAGAAAGGGAUAUCAAAAACAGAGUUGCAAAGGGAACAAAGGAUAUUUUGGCCAUGCAAAUAAAAACUCAGAUUUGUUCAUGGGGGGAGGGGGAAGGGAGGAGUGAUUAUGUUUUGGAUGAUUUUGUUUUUAUAUAAACAUUUUACAGCAUGUUGGUUUUAAAAAUAAUAUAGCGAGUGCUGCUAUAAAAUAGAUUUCUUUUAUAUGCAUUUAAUCCCUAUGGGUUGAUUAUUAGUUUUUCAAAGGAAAAAAGUAUGUUUUUGGUUGUUUUGUUGUUUUUUUUUUUUUUUUUUAAAGCUAAAUUGAGAGAGAACCUUAAAUGUGACCAGAGGCACUUCUGCCUUCUGCAUAACUCUAGGAAGAACCUGGUGGCAGCUAGUGAUCAAUCUGAUCAUUUCCCACAGCAACGUUUAUAAGCGAUACAGAAGUAUAAAUCGCUCCAAAUCUAAAGCAAACAUGAACUCCCUGUAGUAAAUUAUGCAGAAGCAAAACAUGUGUUUUAAAGGACUUGUAGACUGGAAAAGUUAGAAGAUGACUUUAAUAGUAUUGCUAUUAUUGGGGGAGUAGUCCACUCAGGAGGUAAAGUGAAGUGGUUUUUAAAGGCCGAAGACUAUUUUCUGAACUCGGUACUGCUAGAUUUAAUGGUGUACACUUUUAAAGGAAAUUCAAAUGCUGGUUUAUGUAUAUAACCUAAAUAAAAAUGGAAUGUGUGUGAUACAUGGAAAUACUUGAUUUCAAAUAGCUAGUAAAGGAAAUUUGGUAAAGGCAUGUGCAUAUAUUAAGGACUUAAAUGUUAUUGCCAAGAGCAUUAGUAUUUCCUCAAGUGGCAAGUGUUGUUUGAGUGUUUCACCAAGUUAUAGCAACAGUUAGAAAAAGUACCUUUUCUGAGGCUCUACUUUUUAUGUAAAUGUAUGUGUGAGUCAGUGAGUGUGUGUGAGUGUGAGUGUGUACGAGAUGCCUUUAGUUUUUAAUUCAAUGAGCCCUUUGUUGUAAGUUCCUGAGUGCCAAUAUCUAGGAAUGUGUUUAUAAUUUUGGAAACCUGACCAUCUGUUUACAUAUUUAUCCUCACUCAACCUGCAACCCAUACUUUCAUAAUUCAACUCAUUGUGUAUUCCUAGUUGUCAUUUUAUUCAAAUUGUCCUUUUUGGUCUUACUGCAAAUUUGCUAGCAGGUAUCCUAUUUUGUUGCUUGGGUUUUCUUUUUCUUUUUUUAAACAGUGGGCCAUUUGAUAGUGUCUCACUAAGACUGCACCUUAGAGAACACAUACCAUGAUGUAUUAGGGCUCUGUGCCAUCUCUUCUGGAAAACUAAAAUCUUUUUAAAUGUGCAGGGUCUUGGGUGAGGGGACUUUCUUAUCCAAAGGGCCAGCAUUCACUGGGUGCUUAUACUUCUGAAACCAAAUAAACUUUAUGGUGGACUCAGACUACCUUUUGAGUACCUCUGAGAUUGGUCCUGGCUUAGAUCUAGAAGAGGCCAUGGGCGUAAAGGUAGCAAGCACAAAGUGAAAUAUGUUUGACAGCCAGGAUAGUGACAUACCAGAUCUAAGGGCUCUCUCUCCAUUUUCAGUCUUUAAAUUAUGCACUUCCAGGACAACCACUGCUGACUUCAAGAGGGUUAUUUAUCCCCAACUUAAAAUUCCUCUUAUUUUCUGAAAGGGUUUUUAUUCGCAUGGCCUUACUUUCAUUGACACUGACAUUUUCUUCUACCCUUCUCCCUUCCCUCCCCUGGGGAGGGGUAGAAAGAAACCACACAAAGGAAAAUGACGCAUGUGCCGUUCAAUAUUAUCAUUCCAAAUCCUCACGGACUGUUGCCUGUUCUUAAAAUAUUUGAAACUGCACUGAAAGCUACAUUUGUCUGUAAUUUUUCUUUUGUAAAUGAACUCACAUGUAAAUUCACCAAAUAAAUAUUACAUUCAA